AUGGAAGACGAGAAAAGCAAGGAGGAUACUGAAGAUUGGAAAGUUUAUGAGACGCUCAACCAAACUCACGUAGAGAUGGAAACGGAUUUAGGAAAUGACGUGAUCACUACCUUGAGAAGUGACUUAGCAGGACUGCAGUAUAAAAGAGACAAAUUAAUAUCAGAGAAUAGCGAUUUAAAAAACCAAAUGUUAUCCCGAGACCAAAGAAUACUCGAACAACAAGUCGAGAUUGAUCACCUUCGUGAACAGAAUGCUCGACAGAACGCUAUUAUAUCAUCUCUUAAAAAGAAAAUCCAAGAUCUCGAUGAAGUCCAACGCAAUCUACAAGCGUCACAAGGCCGAAGUGACUUGACGGUGCAAACACUUCAGAGAGACAAUCGAUACUGUGAAGAGAAGAUAAAGGAUUUGGAAAAGAAAUUACGAUCUCUUGAACUAGAAUGUCACAAUGAAGAACAGCAAAAGGAAAAUGCGCGAUGUCAGUUCCACGAUCUCGUGAGAAGACUUUCUGUCGCCUUGGAUUCAGAUUUCUGUGAUACCACACACACUCAUUCCCCUGAAAGUCUAAUCAUUAAAGCAUCUGAACUAGUCCAAGAGAUUACUAGACUUAAAAAUAAAUGUAUGAACACUAGUGAAAAUCUCACAACCAUUGAACAGGACUUUCGAAGUUGUAGAGACUCAUUAGAAAGAGCGAAUGCUGACAAAGAUAUUUUGCAAAGGCAACUCUCGAGCCAGCUCCUAGACAUAGAAAGACUGAAACAGGAGAAAGAAUCUCUUUCUGUAUCUAAUAGAGUACUAGAAAGGGAACUUCACGAAGCUCGAGAAAAAUUGUCACACUGCACGAAGAAUUUAAACGUUGUUACUGAUAAUGUAAACCAAAAUGAAUCAAUGAUAAUCCAACUAAAAGAGGACUUAAGACAUCGCGACGAAAAGUAUCAAAGGCUUCAAACGGAGUUUAGAAACACAAUGGAAUCAAUCGCAAUCCUCCUCAGUCUGCCCACUCGUUUUGUUGAAGCUCACGAGAGCACUAUCAAAGACCGUAUAAGGGAAAUUUUAAGCGAAAAUAAAGAUAAAACCGCCCAAUUAGAAGCGUUGCGUGAAAAAUUAGGCGUCGAGUGUCAACAGUUGGGGAGAACGACGCAUUUACACGAACAGGCCACAACACGCGUAAGAAUACUAGAAGACGAAAGAAAUAUGCUUGAAACUAAAGUUCACAAACUGGAGACAGAACUGACAGCUUUAGAAAUGUCCAGAGAUAAUUUAAGAAAAGAUAAAGCUAAUUUUGUGGCAUUCUUGGAGCGUUUGAGUCGCACUCUCAAUAUGGACGAGUUGACACAGAACAUCGGCUUGGACUUACACACAGACUCCAUCAUUCAAAGAGCCGAACAACUAGCGAGACUUGAGAGCGACAAAAUUAUUGACAAGAUGCUGUAUUACGGCUACUAUGGCACACUACCGAGACUAAGAAGAGAGCGUUCUUUCCAUGACUUACCGUACCUUAAAGAAACCGCCGUUGUGUAUCAACUUCAGCGUCGCAUAAGAAUACUGAGAGAACAGCUCCAAAGAAAAGAUUUACAUUUAGAUUUACUACGACGUAAACUUAGCGUACAGGAAGAAUCGUCUCGAGUUAGGGCAGUUCUUCAGGCAGAACGUGAUGAAGCUGUUAAUAGAAGUAAGAAACUGGCUCGUCAGUGUGACAAGCUUGGGGUUCAACUGAGUGAUGCGAGAGCACAGGUCCGGGAUUUAAACACGCAGUUAGCUGAUGCCGCUGAAUAUAAGAUAACAGCGUUGGAGAGAGCGAGAAAGAUAGAAGAGUUGCAGAAAAAAAUUGACGAAGCAGAAAUGCUUCGUGUGAGAUACAAUCGAAAGGUGAAUGUACUCAAAGAUCAAGUGAGGACUACUGGCGAGACGUACGAACAAGAGAGAACGAGUACUGAACAUCAGAUUAAUAUACUAAGAGACGAUCUCUCAAGGACUAAAGAGGCGCUUGCUGAAUGUCAACGGAGAGAAGCACAGCUACAAAGCUUCAGACAUUCAAUCGCCAAACUGCUCGGUAUACUGGUGCCGUCAUCUGUGCCGGACUUCGAGAUGGUGUCUCGUCUCCAGAAGCUGAUUGAUGCUCAUCAUGACUUCACUGUAGUGUCCCGUCGGUAUGACGACCCAGCACUGCUUCGAGCUUCAUCACGAUCUCCUCCUCCAUCACGAUGUAGAACAAGAACACCUGAUCGAUCACUCCGUUACGAUGAUUCAGGAUACGCUGAUCCGGCGUUUGAUCUCGAGGACGAGAUUUACAAAACUCGACCGGCCUUGCUAAUGACGAAUAUAUAA